AUGCCCCUGCGCCUCAGGCGGCGCAAGAAGGGGUGGGUCGACUCGCCCAUUCCGCUCUUUGCCAAAUACUGGACCGAUACAACUCUCAAAGGAGGUCCCUACCAUGGCUUUACUGCAAAUGGCAGAUACCCCGCUCAGUCCCGCCCGCCCAUCCUCUCACCGCUCUCCCUCUCUCAGUUCCAGAAGAUUCCAGGGCGGCUGCUGCUGUUCCCCUGGCGCCUGCUGCCCCGGCACGGCACCAUUGCAGCAGACACGGCGCACUACCCCUUCGGCACCCAGAUGUUCAUCCCGGGAUAUGGAUGGGGCAUUGUGGACGACAAGGGGUCAGCCAUUCGGGGAGCCACGCGCAUAGACCUCUACCACUACUCACACAACGAGGCCCUACACUGGGGUAGACGGCGAGUCAACGUGCUGGUGGUGCCUCCAGGAGAAAGUGUGCGCGGGCGGCUCGAGCUCUCCUCCGGUAUAGAGCUACUCGAACGUUGCGAGUCGGGAGCAGGCGGCCCGCUGGCGGCGCCAAUGUUCUUCACCGAGGCGCCGCGCGAUCCGAGCGGCGCCGGAGGCAGCGCAAGCGCAGCGGGGCCGGCGGGAGCGGUGGCGGUGGAUCCCGCGCUGAUGGACGGGCUGCGCGUGAAGCUGGCGGAACUGCAGCGCAUGUGCGCGGAUAUGGGGCAGCUUUGGCGCAACCACGCGAACAAGACGCAACGGGAGCUAUGGCGGAGGCGAGUGGAGGUGAUGGGGGAGGAGGCGGAGGCGCUACGGCUGGCGCUAGACCGGUGCGCAGCGAAGGAGCACAGGCGGCGCAGGGAGGCGCAGGAGCGGGCGGAGCUGCUGGUGGCGCGCGCGGGGGGGCAGGGGGGGCGCAUCCUGAGCGAGGCGGACGCGGAGAUUAGAGACAUGGAGACGGCUAAGAGGGCGGGGCGCGUGCUAGAGGACACGUUGGCGCAGGGGAUUGCCACGCUGUCACACAUGGCGCAGCAGAGGGAGGUUCUCAAGGUGAGAGUGGUUCAACUGGGUUGGGGUCGGGUAUUGCUGCGCUGUCACGUGGGGGGGGGGACAACAGGAGGGGAGGAGGGGGGGGGGCGGGCACGUGCAGGAGGAUACGUUGGCGCAGGGGAUUGCGACGCUGUCACACAUGGCGCAGCAGAGGGAGUUGUUGAAGUGUUUUUAUUCCCACUCUCUCCGCGCCUUCAUUCUUCCACCUUUCCCCCCUCCCUCCCCUCCUCACAGUCCGCCCAGCGGCGAGCGCUAGACAUGCUGAACUACGUGGGUCUGUCAGACGCAGCACAAAGCCCCCUCUUGAUUCUCUUCCUCUCCCCAACCCCUCAUCCCCCAUUGCCCUCACAGUCCGCCCAGCGGCGAGCGCUGGACAUGCUGAACUACGUGGGUCUGUCAGACGCAGUGCUGAAGAAGAUCAACCGGCGGCAGCUGGUGGACAGGGCCAUCAGCUACGGCGGCAUGCUGCUCACCCUCAUUGUCAUCUUCAUCGUCUGGCGCUGGACGCGCUGA